CAACAUGACGGAAAGGGAAAGUGCAGUGAAAAUCUGCUAGAGCAGCAUAGAAAGUUUGACAUCUUGGGCGCACUAAAGUGAUGACUACAAGAGAUUCCCAAGACUGGCGUUCUGCCUGAAAGGCAUACUCUGUGUUCAGGGAACAGGCCUGCUGCCGAUUUACAAUAACAUAUACGUCUCACUCAUGCUGUGACCAGUUUGUGGAAACAACAACAACGUACAUAUGGUACAUUUAACAGAUGAAUUUAACAGACUUCAUAAGAGUGUGAAUCAUAAAUUCUUUUCUCUCUGUAUCUGGAAGGAUGAGUUCCGAUGCACAUCACUUUGUGGAAACACUUCAGUCUAUUGGCUACAAACCUGCAAAACAAUUAACCCCAUCUUUGGUGGAGUGGAUGUUCGACACAAGAACAACCCCUUUUCUCGUAUGGUUUAGUAACAGUGUGAGCCAGAGUAAUGUUUUGCGCCCAGAGGAGAUAACGGAGUUCUCCAAACUUGAGGAGGAUGGUGUGAGAAUUCUUGAGGCUGAUCAGGUGGAGAAAAUUCUCAAUUUUUCAGACCUUUUUAAUGAUGACUCAGAACUGGAAUCACAGGAAAUACUCAGGAAUAAGAUGUAUGAGCUUAAGGGGAACAAAAAACUGCUCCAAGAAAGAAAAGAAGCAUUGCUGAAACGGAGACAUCUUCUCAGUGCUAGGCUGGCUUCUUUGAAGAAUAAUUUCUUCAGAGCUGAGAAUUCACAGAAAAAUGGAAAGCAGUCAUAUCAUGAAUCUGAGCAAAAGGCACAAGUGGCUAACAAUUCUACAAGUGCAAGCAAUGGCAGAUUGAAGGAAUCUGUAAAUUUGAUAAACAGUCUUUAUGAAGAGUCUGGCUCUCCUGAUUUGGAACCUCAGGAUGAUGCUGUUUUCUUGUCUCAAGUCAACUUAAAACAUCUACAAAAACUGGAGGACCGAUUCAUUCAGGAAGUCACAAUUACUGUAAAAAACAGUUUUUUGAGGGCAUAGCAAAUAUGGCAGGUCAUGAUAAAGAAUCCCAAUACUGUUUGAUGGAAAUAGAUGAUCAUGAAACAAUGCAGCUCCAAGGAGAAAACUUGCAGCCUUAUCUGGUGUAUAGUCAAGAGUUUACACGGCUUAAGAGAGUAUAUCCAGAUAUUGAAAACUUUCGUAUUAUGUCUUGUGUUGAGCUCUCCUUUCAGAAGAGCAUCCUUGAUGAGGCUCGUGCGAUACGUAAAGAUGUGCAAGGUCUUCAUUGGAGAGAAUACAAAUCUAUUCUAAGCUCUCAGUUACAAGAGAAUCAGUCAUCCAUUCAGCUUUCAAGGCAAGAGCUGCUGCAAUCAAACUGAAGAAGUGAUGCCAAGGUUAAUAAAGCAAAGCACAGAGUCACAUGUCCUGCCAAUCAUCACUGGGGACUACAACCUUAAACUGGCACGACAGACUACUUUUUCAGCAA